GAAGAGCAAGAGAUCCCCCCACCCAUCUGGUCCCAUCGCUGACAAACACGUCGAGAACGGGGCGCGUCACAGCCACGUCUCCACUCCCGAACCCCUAACACGUCUGCAGUCACUGCAUUGCGUGGGUCCCACGCCCAUGUUUUCCCUCCAUUCCACACAAUCCUCCCUUUUCGACAGAGAUUCAUCCCCCACGCAAAUCUUGCAUGCGUGAGCUUCACUCUCCCCAGCUGCACACUAUAACUCUGCUCAGCUCAGAUAGCUCACCACUUUACUGAACCAAAGCACACAGCCUCAAAGUUCUCAACAAUGGCCGCCGCCGACCUCUCCGAGCGAGGGUUCAACCUCCUCUUGCGCCUCCUCGUGCUAGUCAUCCGCCUCCAAGCCUCACGCGCUGCCCCCUACCCCAUCGGCGUGAACUACGGUACCGUCGCGGACAACCUUCCCCCGCCCGCCCAGGUGGCCGCGUUCCUCAAGUCCAGCACCACCAUCGACCGCGUCAAGAUCUUCGACGCCAACCCCGACAUCCUCCGGGCCUUCGCCAGCACCGGCAUCGCCGUCACCGUCACAGUCGGGAACGGCGACAUCAUCCCCCUGGCCGACCUCCCCGCCGCCCAGUCCUGGGUCGCCUCCAACAUCCUCCCUUUCCACCCCGCCACCAACAUCAACCGCAUCACUGUCGGCAACGAGAUCCACGCCACCCACGACAAUACCCUCAUCUCCCGCUUGCUUCCCGCCCUGAAGUCCCUCCACUCCGCCCUUGAGCUCGCCAACGUCACCGGCGUGGAGGUCACGACCCCGCAUUCGCUCGGCAUCCUCUCCGCCUCGGAGCCCCCCAGCACGGGGCUGUUCCGCCGUGGCUACGACCGGGCCAUCUUCGCCCCCAUCCUCGAAUUCCACCGCCAGACGAAGUCCUCCUUCAUGGUGAACCCCUACCCCUACUUCGGCUUCACGGCCAAGACCCUCGACUACGCGCUGUUCCGGCCGAACCCCGGCGUGUUCGACCCGGCCACCGGGAUCAACUACACCAACAUGUUCGACGCCCAGAUGGACGCGGUUUACACCGCCAUGAAGCGGCUCGGGUACAGCGACGUGGCCAUCUCCAUCGGCGAGACCGGGUGGCCGUCCGUAGGGGACCCAGCGACCCAGCCGGACGUGAACGUGGAGAACGCGCAGUCCUACAACGGGAACCUCGUGAGACAUGUGAACUCCGGGAAGGGGACUCCGUUGAUGCCCAACCGGACUUUCGAGACGUACAUCUUCUCGCUGUUCAACGAGGACCUCAAGCCCACCGUCGCGGAGCAGAACUUCGGACUCUUCAAGCCGGACCUCACUCCGGUCUAUGACGUCGGGAUCCUCCGAGAUCAUCAGGCAGCGGGUCCCGCGCCGAGCUCUCCAAGGCCGUCAAAUACUCCCCUGGCCGCACCUUCGCCGUCUAAAGCGGCGAAGCUGUGGUGCGUCCCGGAGUCGGGGGUCAGUAAUAAGGUGCUGCAACCCAACAUAGAUUACGCGUGCAGCAAGGUGGACUGCUCGGCCAUACUGCCCGGAGGGCCGUGCUUCAACCCCGAUACUGUGCAGUCUCACGCGGCAUAUGCCAUGAACGCAUACUAUCAGGCAUUCGGUCAGCAUACGGACAACUGCUCUUUCGGUAACACCGCCAUGGUCACUCCCGUCGAUCCAAGUUAUGGAGCGUGUACUUAUCCACACGAUCCGGAGCAGAUAGAAAAAAUAACGACGAAGAAGAAUUCGACUAGUCCGGCUCAGAGUUCGACGAGCCCAGAAUGUAUCGGUUCUUACAGUUCAAUGGCAAUCAUGAUAUUAGUGUCGACACAAAUGUUAUUGUCCUUGAUUUAAUUUUCGUGGCCGUAGAGAACAGGCUAGGAGGCUAAUUACCAUUUUGAUCGGUGCUAUGGGCGAUAUUAUCAUUGCAUUGAUGUUGAUGCCUUUUGCAUUCGUCGGAGAUAAUUUGUUGGAAAUUUUGGCCGGAUGAACAUAAAUAUGUUUGACGAUUUUUAAA